AUGUCUCAAAAGAUGUUUAAUUGCGAUAUCCCUGAGUUCAGCAAGUUUGUGAACCAAUGCGAGAAGGUGGAAGAGGUUUAUAGUGUCCCGAAGAGUAAGAAAUCUUCUGAAGUUAAGGCAUCUGAGGCUAAUAGAACAACUAGCUCUAAUUCAUUGACGAAUAAAAAGAUGAAGGGCAAGAAGUUGAGCAUGAACAAUCUGUUGGAUAUGUUCAAGAAGCCCGGGAACCAAAGAAACUUUGUUGAUAGAGGACCUCCUCCCAAGUGCAGCGGAUGUAGAAAAGAGCACCGAGAUCAGUGUUCCUCAUGUGAGGUUAUUUGCUAUAAGUGUGGAAGAUCCGACCAUUACUCUAGGAAGUGCCCUCAAAAUGAAGUGAGGACAAUGACAGUUCAGGUUGUUGCCAUCCCUACUUCGGUUGUUCCACCUAUUGUUGAGUCCCAGACUGCUGGUAGAAUAUAUACCAUGGAUCGUCAACAAUCAGAGAAGGCUCCAAACCUUGUGAAAGGGAAUACAGCAGCUGAUGAGAGUUCUAAUGUUAAGGGCAUAAUAGGAGCUAUUUUAGAUAGGAGCACUCGCAUUGGUCAAGAGCAAGCAGUGGCUAUGAAUAUGACAUUAGAGGAUUUUUAUCAUUACAGCAAUCAGAGUUUUGUUCUGCAUAUAAGGAACUCUCAAGGGGAUCCUCUUCUGGCAGCUCUUGCAGCUAGAGAUCUUGUUGAUAAGCAAAAGGUGCAAGCCAUCAUUGGACCACAAACAUGGGAAGAGACAUCUUUAGUGGCUGAAGUCUGCAACCAAAAGAGCAUACCCCUCCUUUCUCUAGCAGAUGCAUCUCCAGAAUGGGCAAUGGAGAAGUGGAACUUCCUGCUGCAAUCCUCACCUAACCAAAUUAUGCAGAUGAAAGCUAUAGCUGCAAUUGUUAAGACUUGGGAACAGUAUGAGGUUAGCAUAAUUUUAGAAGAUGGAGAUUCAUCAUCCACAGAAGUUUUAUCUCUGCUCUCUGAAGCUCUCAAAGAAGUCAACGUAGAAUUAAGCAAUGUUAUAGCCUUUCCACCUUUAGUUUCCUCUUCGUUGUCCCAAAAACUUGAGAAGCUAAGAGAAGGGAAAUGUAAAGUCUUUAUUGUCCAUUUAUCCUUUCCUUUGGCACUUUACAUGUUUGAAACUGCAAAGAAAAUGAAUAUGAUGGGGGAAAGUAAUGUAUGGAUUACUACUGAUACCAUUACAAGUCUUGUUUAUUCUUUGAAUGCCUCCACUAUCUCCAAUAUGCAAGGGAUUAUUGGAGUCAAGAGCUACAUACCAAAUCUAUGGCACCAAAAUAAGAACUUUUACCAUAGAUUUCGUAAAAAAUUUAUCUCAGAGAAUUUUUAUGAGUUUAAUUAUGAGCCUGGGAUCUUUGCAGCCCUGGCCUAUGAUGCUACCUGGACUGUGGCUCAAGCAAUGAAGGAAACCAACCAAAAAGGGGGUCAACUUUUGCUAGAUAAGAUUUUGCUUAGUAAUUUUACUGGCUUAAGUGGAAAAAUUCAGUUCACUGACCAUAAAAUUGAUCCAGCAAGUACUUUUCAGAUCAUUAAUGUGAUUGGGAAGAGCUACAGGGAAAUUGGGUUCUGGUCAGAUGGAUUUGGUUUCUCAAAAACUUUUGGCCAAAAUGCUUCUUACAGUUCUUUGGUUAAGGAAUUAGGAAAAGUGAUUAAUCCAACAUGUGCUAAACGACUGAGAAUUGGUGUCCCUUCUACAUCAACAUUCAAACAGUAUGUCAAUGUUAUUCAAGAUCAUUCAGAAAAUACUACCUCCUUCGAGGGAUUUGCUAUAGAUCUUUUCAAAGAAACAGUAAAAACAUUGCCAUACCAUCUGGAAUAUGAUUUCUUUGCCUUCAAUGGGACAUAUGAUGAUUUGGUGAAGGAAAUUUAUCUUAAGAAAUAUGAUGCAGUUGUUGGUGAUGUUGCAAUAGUGUCCACGCGUUAUGAAUAUGCUGCAUUCACUCAGCCCUAUACUGAUCCAGGAGUGGUGAUGAUUGUGCCUCUUCAAUCAAAAGUAGGCAACAGAGCGUGGUUAUUCAUGAAGCCUUUCACAAAGCUCAUGUGGAUUCUUAUAUUGGUCAUCAUUGUCUACAAUGGCUUUGUUGUAUGGAUGAUCGAAAGAAACCACCGCCCUGAACUUAAGGGCCCUAUUCUGCAUCAAACAAUAACUAUGCUGUGGUUGGCUUUCAUUUCUCUGUUCUCUAUGAAUGGAGAAAACUUACAUAGCAAUUUAUCAAGGGUGGCAAUGGUGGUGUGGCUUUUUGUGGCUCUAAUCAUUACACAGACUUACACAGCUAGCCUUGCCAGCAUGCUGACUGUUGAAAGGUUUGAACCCACUGUAGACAGCAUUCAGCACCUAAGGAACAGCAAUGCCAUGGUAGGAUAUGAUAGAGGAUCCUACUUGAAAAGAUAUCUCCUGGAAGCAUUGGACUUCAAUGCUGAAAACAUCAAACAAUUUGACUCACCUGAAAACUAUGUCGAGGCCCUAAGAAAGAAAGAAAUAGCAGCUGCCUUUCUUGACAUUCCUGAGGCCAAAAUUUUCCUUGCAAAGCACUGUAAAGGGUUUGUUCAAGCUGGUCCUACAUACAAAAUUGGAGGAUAUGGAUAUGUAUUUCCAAAGGGAUCUCCAUUGCUUCAUGGAAUAAACAAAGCCCUUCUAAAUAUAUCAGAAAAGGGCACACUACGUGACCUAGAAAACAGUAUGCUUGCAUCAGAGGAAUGCAAAGACAUAGAACCAGGUGCAGAAGCUAGUAGUCUUAGCCCUGGCAGCUUCGUGGUGCUCUUCAUCUUAACUGGAGGCACUUCAACCACUGCUCUCUUAAUUUACAUAUUUUCUAUGAAUUGUUUAUGUCAUGGACAGAGAACAAUUUGGAGUCUAAUGAUGGCUGUGAUUAAACAUUGGGGAUCUCAAAAGAGACUACUUUCAAGAAGAGUUCACAAUGUUACAGAAAGUCCUUUGAACUCUACCAGCAUUUCUAAUUUGCCAACUUAG